UUUUGCUCGAGGUGUCCUCGAUGUUUGGUUUUUGAGAUGUUGGAUGUCGCACUAGUCCAGCUUGCCUCCCUAGUUCUAGGCUUCGUGGGUUUAGCAGUGUUUUUCUUUUUUUUUUCUCUAUUUGAGCUGAGCAUCCUCUGUCACUGCUUCUGGUGUCUUGCUCAUGCCUUCGCGUUCGUGUCAUGUAUUGUAUUUCUUCUCAAUGAAAUGAUACACACACUUUGCAUUCGUGAAAAAAAAAGUUUGCAAGAUGUUAUGUGGGCGUGCGUAAGCGCAGUUGAGCGUGCAUGCAAAACGACAAAAGUAAAAAAGAAAGUGCAGAAGCUGACGGAUGUGCAACUGCACUUGUGCCUGAAUGGGUGAAUCUGCAAGUGUAGUCAUGCGUGGCAUGAAAAGUCAAAACUGAAAGUUAACCGUAAAUUAAUCAAACAAAAAAGUUCCACACGACCCUGCGUAAAAUCAAUGGGAGUUAGAUUAGCAAAUCCGACAUUUUUCCUUCUUUCUUAGCAGUAAAGAAUGAAUAGAGUUUAUUAAGUGGUAAAGCAAGUAACUUUUUCUUUGAGGUACGAAUAUAUUUGCCCUUGGAGCACUUAAAACGGAGAAGAUUCGUAGAAAGGACGCUCAAACUUGGAGUAAUUACUGUUCGAGGUCGAGAUGACAUGGCUAUAUAAGAGGGCUUAAGGUUGCUAAUCUCACCAACAUGAUAAGCCUUCCUUUACCUCUUACUAACUCUUUCGACUACAUAGCUCUCUGCAUUUUCUGUCAUUUCUAAUCGCAAAUAUUUUGCACAACGCGCUAGUGUGCACGGAGCCUCGGACAUCAGAGCACGCCAACCAUGCCGGUCGCCGUGGCUGCCUCCGGCGACACAAACGUCGUGGAGGACCUCUACGGCAUCCUCCGUGUACUCAGCGACGGCACGGUUGUCCGGUCACCGGACCCGCCGGAGUUUUGCCCCAUCACCUUCCCCUGCGACCACCCUUCCGUGCAGUGGAAGGAGGCCGUCUACGAUAAGGGCAAGAACCUCCGCGUCCGCAUGUACAAGCCGUCGGGCGGCGGUGAGCAGGCCGGCCGGAAGCUGCCGGUGCUCGUCCACUUCCAUGGCGGGGGCUUCUGUCUCGGCUCGUGCACGUGGGGAAACUUCCACAGCUUCUGCCUCCGCCUCGCCGCGGAGGCCGGCGCCGUCGUGCUCUCCGCCGGGUACCGCCUCGCUCCGGAGCACCGCCUCCCCGCGGCCCUCGACGAUGCGACCGGCUUCUUAGAAUGGCUCCGCGAGCAAUCCGUGAGCACCGAGGCCGAGGACGGGUGGCUCACGGAGGCGGCCGACUUUGGCCGCGUGUUCAUCACCGGCGACUCGGCGGGCGGGACCUUAGCGCACCACCUCGCCGUGCGCGCCGGGUCGGCCACGCCCAAACACGGCGAUGACGUCGACUCUGUCACGAUCAAAGGCUACAUCCUGCUAAUGCCGUUCUUCGGCGGCGUGGACCGGACGCGGUCGGAGGCGCUGGAGUUCCUGUUGGCGGAAGAGCCGUUCCUCAACCUGGCCGUGCUGGACCGAUUCUGGCGGCUCUCGCUGCCGGAGGGCUCCAGCAGGGACCACCCGAUCGCGAACCCGUUCGGGGCGGACAGCCCUGGGCUGGGCUCGGUGGAGUUCCCGCCGGUCCUCGUCGUUUCCAGCGGCACCGACUUGCUGCACGACCGCACCGUCGACUACGCGGAGCGGCUGGCCGGGAUGGGGAAGCCGGUGAAGGUCGUGGAUUUCCCCAACGACCCACACGGGUUCUUCACGCAGGACCCGUGGUCCGAGACCACCGGCGAGCUGAUCCGGCUCGUCAGCGUGUUCGUCGUCGACAGCUGCGUCUCCGUCGCGGCGCCAAAGACCGCUUGAUUCGGUACGUACAUACAGGUGCAGAGGUGCCUGUUUUGGUGUACAAGACAGUCGACAGUUGAGGCGACACGACCAGAAAGUACAUCAAGGUUCGGCUCGUCUGCAUCGUCUUCGAUUAAAACUAAUGAUACCAGUCGUGUUGAUGUGAGAAUCGGUUACAAUAUAUUUCAACGAUACUUAAGUGUGAAAUAUAAAUAUUUAGAUUAAUAUCGCGUGAAUCAAAAUUAAAAAUAUUGUAUUUUAUUAUGUAUAGUUGUAAAAUACUUAUUGAAUGUAAGUAGAAUAAUAGAAUGUAAAAUAUUUUCCCAAGCAUGCAUGGUUGCAUGUG